GCCCCAAGGCAAUACUACAACGCCUAAAAGCCACGGAGAAAAGGAAACACCGCACAUCAGCCCAGAUAGCGUCCAAAGGGGGUAAUUGAGUUUCGGUGAGCCCACAUACGUUCCAACAUCCUCGCCAGACGUACUGGCUCCCAUUUCAUGGCCUCCAACAUGCUCUGUUGAUGAUCGAAUCCCUCUUCAGCACAAAUAUCAUUAUAGGCUGGGCAUUCCAAUAACACGUGUUUUUCAUCCCUCGAUUCGGCUAUUAGUACCACAACAGCGGCAAAACCGCUGCCCCCUGGGGACAUGGUACUUGCCUCUUCGUGCUCUUUUUGCCUCCAGAGCCCAGCAACAUAAACGGAACUGCAUUAGCUUACGAUGUGCUAAACGAGCAUGUGUUGGCCACAUGACGGCUGCGGCUCCCGAAAAGGGCAGCCCCAUCCAGUGCUUAUACUUCGCCAUUUGCACUCCCGGUUGCUUCCCAUCUGAUGGGUACUCCUCUGGCAAGGCAGUCAGACGCGUAUGCCGCUCAUCAAACGCUCUCUUAGUGCCGUUAUCAUCGCUCCUUCGGGUAGGGGUCUACUCAACAACCAGUCAACACGCUCCUUUACCCCCACGACUUCUUGCGGUAUUCCGCUCCAAAUAUUGCACUCCAAGAAGGAAAACAGUCGUAACAUUGAGGUUCCCCAACCCUCCCAUUCCGGGUUGGUCAGGGCAUCGGUUAUCUCCUGCCGUAAAACUGCAUGAGCAAUGGACCCCACUUGUUUUUGAAGGCGGUUCCAGAAACGGAGGAUCUGUUUCACCAUGUAAUACUGUAAGGGGAGUUCAGCCAGCUCCGGUGGGAUGGCCGUGCCGCCCAAACUACCUGCCUCAUGAAUAAAGUCUGCAGCUGGACUGCGCUAUCCUUCAAACAGGCUUCGAACAUGCCCUCCGCAAGGUUGGCUUUAUCCCGCCGCCUUCCCGCCCCGUCCACGACCUCCGCCAGCGCAAAAGGGCCCCACGCCUGGCAGCCAUACAACAGAUUUGCUCGGACUUGGGUUGCAAAGCACCGCAUUC